UUCCUCUUACUUAAAAAGUAAUUUACACGAAUAAUGUCUGUAAACAUUCAGUUGCUUUCGAAUCAGUGUAACAACAUUUACAUAUCGUUUUAUUGUCUUAUCGUCCUAUUGUACAAACACUAAAUAUUAUUCCAUUCAUAAGAAAAGUUUCUUGAUAUUAUGUUAAAACAAUUGACACCUGAAAAAGUUAUCUACAUUACUUGGGUCAGCGUAGCUUUAACAUUAUGUUGGCCACUUCCUGCCAAUAAUGGCAAAAUUCAAGUGUUUAUGUUUAAAGCUCUGCAAAUAAUUAGCAUUAUUAAUGCUUUUAUAUUGCUUUUGCCGUUGUUAUAUUCGGUCUAUUUGCAUUUUGAUGACGUUAUUAUUGUUUCUAAAUGUGUUGCUGUAUCAAUUGGCUUGACUCAAGUAAUCACUCAAACUAUCAUAUGCUUCGCUAAAUACGAUUCUUUGCAACAUGUUAUCGAAGAAAUGAUAAUUUGUAUCAAAGCAGCACAACAAUACGAAGAAAAAAUUUUUCACAAAUAUAUCGAAAAAUGCUACACAUUUUAUGCAUGUUCUAUAACAUGCAUGUAUUUAACUGCAACUGCUUUCAUAAUAGGACCUGCAUUCUCUCCAGCCUCCUUUCCAAUAGAUGCAGAAUAUCCCUUUCAAAUUAAUUACACGUCAGUGAAAAUUAUCAUAUACUUGCAACAGACUUUGGUUGGCUUUCAAUGCGCUGCACAUGUAUGCUUGAGCAUAUUUGGCGCACUUUUGCUUUGGUUCACGGCCGCGAGAUUUGAAUGUUUGGCCGUGGAAUUGCAAAAAAUUACCAAUAUUGGUAUGCUGAUAGCUUGCGUUAAGAAACAAUUACGUAUAAGGAGAUACGCAAAAAAAGUGGUAAUUAGUUUUCGUUUUAUAAUACUUUAUGCCAUAGCAGUGAGUACAUUUGUCUUGAUUCUAGAUGGUAUUAUAAUGAUAAUGAAGGUAUCGUUAAUUGUGAAAGUACAGUUCAUAACUUUGAGUUUGACUAUGCUCACAGAAAUCUAUAUAUACGCAUGGCCUGCUGAUUAUAUGAAAGAUAUGAGUACAAAUGUCUCAAAAAGUGUAUACAAUAUAACAUGGUAUAAGCAAACAUUGAGAAUGCAGAAGGAUGUAUUGAACAUAUUGGUAUAUCAGCAGCCAAUAAUCUUUUCUGUUAAUUGUAUAUUGCCAGAACUUUCAUUACGUUAUUAUUGCUCGCUAUACGUGUUAUGAUAGAAGAUGAUCCAUGAUAAAUUUAAUAAUGUUCUAUUAUAUAAUUGAAGAUAGUUUACUAAUUAAAUUUUUAUACAAAGUGAUGUAUUAAAUAUUUAAUUAAUAAUUGACUGUUGUUUCAUUGUGAAAUAAAUGUUCGAUUCGAAUUACAUAUCUAUAA